AUGACAGGCGGAAAGAAGCCCGCUGCGCUGCAGGUCUGGGUCCAGGCUCUCCUCGCACAGCGCCUUGAACUGCUUGAAUACCUCAAAGAAGAGGCAUGCCUUCCCUGCGGUGAGGGCAAGAAGUAUGAUGAAAAUUGUGAAGACGAGACUCUUCUUGAGCUGAUUCUGAAGCAGCUGGGCGCGCUACAGGGCCCGCUGGAGAUGAGCGCGCGCGUGUGCGCGCGCUUGGUUGAGAAGAUGGGGGACGGUUUGGAGGAGGAGGUUCUGGCUCUUCUCGUGUGGAACGAUGAUCUCGAGAGUGCCCUGAUUGGGGUAGCUAAAUUCUUCGCGUGGAUUGAGAAAGGACUUCAGGAUGUGGAACGAAUGGAGGAGUGGAGGACGUUCUACAAGACGGAGCGGUUCACACAGCAGGAGAGAGACUGGCUAGUAUAUUGCGAUCAUACGGAACUUCCUUCCGGGACUAUGGAGUUUGCGAACCAAAGCCUCAGGCGCAGCAUUGAGAGGCUCAGAAAGGCCAAUACCGUGCCGUUGGAUUCUUCGGGCGCUUGGUCCCCUUUCAUCUCCGUCUUUCUUCUCGUGGUGGGGCUGAUUGUUGGCCGGAUUCUGGCGUUCCGUUCUUGGUCCGCGCAAGGAACCGGAACGACGGUCUCCACGGAGCCUGUCUCCUUCAGUUUGAGAGGGCCCUGGGCCGACACGUGCGACAUCGCCUUCAACUGGACGCGCAAAGCGGAGGCGGGGGGAGAGUCCGGGGAGGACUUCCGGAAGUUCCGCUUUGAACGAGCACGGAAUUCCGCUUGCACCUACGGAGUCAUUGCGAUGGGCUUUCAUCUGACGGGUCACAAGGCGGUCGAUGAGGCGAAGCUAAUCUUCCAGGGGAUUGGACAGUGCACGGGAAAGGUUGACGUGGCAGUGUCUGAGGAGGACUUGAAAGAGGAAAACGCGAAAUGGAACGGUUGGGGGAUCUGGCCGGUUUGCAGGAACGGCAGCACUUGGAGCUGCACCGGGGGUCCGAUCGAGAAAAUGCACCAAAACGAGCACUACGCGCAUCUCGACGUUCCGGAGUGGCACGGCGGGGGGUGCAAGUGUACGACUGGCUGUGCGGGAUACGGGGUUGAGUACACAACUUGGUGGGCAGUCACGUCAACGGCAGCCAUGACAGGCGGAAGGAAGCCCGCGGCGCUCCAAACCUGGGUUCAGGCGCUCCUCGCACAACGCCAUGAACUGCUUGAAUACCUCAGAGAAGAGGUAGGCCUUCUCUACGGUGAGGUCGAGAAGUAUGAUGAAGGUUCUGAGGACGAGACUCUUCUUAAGCUGAUCUUGAAGCAGCUCGGCGCGCUACAGGGCCCGCUGGAAGAGAGCUCGCGCGUGUGCGCGCGCUUGCUUGAAAAGAUGGAGGCGGGUUUGGAGGAGGAGGUUCUGGCUCUUCUUGCUUGGAACGUUGAUCUCGAGAUUGCCUUGGGUGAGGUAGCUUCUUUCUUCGCGUGGAUUGAGAAAGGAGCUGAAGAUCCCGCUCGGUUGGAAGAGUGGAGGACGUUCAACAAGACGGAGCGUUUCACGCAGGAGGAGAAAGACUGGCUGAUCUUUUCCGAGUACACAAGACCUCCCUCCCAGAUUUUGGAUUUUGCCAAUCAACCCCUCACGCUCAGCAUUGAGAGGCUCGAAAUGGCCAAUACCGGGCCGUCAGAAACGUCGGGCCCUUGGUGUUGCACCGUCGCCUUUAUCCUCUUGAUGGGGCUUGUUCUGGUGCUGGCGUUCCGCUCUUGCUUCGCGCAGGGAAGCGGAAUGUCUGUUCCCGAGGAGCCUGCCUCUUCUACCACGAAGCCUGGCUCUGUAGCCUUUGACCUCAUCGAAGCUUUCGGUCAGAGAGGUGACGUCAGCACAUCCUGUUCCCGGGCCCGUUCCGUUCAGAGCCCGUCUCGCCCCCUCAUUCUCCAAACGCCCUGCUCUUUCGACUGCGGCAGCUUCCAAGUCCAACAUGCCGCAAUGGACUUCUAUCUGAACAAACACAGGGAGGUCCAGUCUGUUACUGUGCUCAACAGCGUGACGUCAGGGCCCUGGGCCGACACGUGCGACAUCGCGUUCAGCUGGACACGCAAAGCGGAGGUGGGGGGUGAGUCCGGGGAGGACUUCCGGAAGUUCCGCUUUGAACGAGCACCGGAUUCCGCUUGCACCUACGGAGUCUCUGCGAUGGGCUUCCAUCUGACGGGUCAUAAGGCGGUCGACGAGACAAAGCUGAUCUUCCAGGGCAUUGGACAGUGCACGGGACAAAUCGACGUGGCAGUUGCUGAGGAGGAGCUAGGAGAGGGCGCGGCAGAAUGGAACGGUCGGGGGAUGUGGCCGAUUUGCAGGAACGGCACCGCUUGGAGCUGCACGGGCGGGGGCGUAGAGAAAAUGCACGAGAAUGAGCAUUACGCGCAUCUAGACGUUCCGGAGUGGCACGGCGCGGGGUGCAAGUGUACGACUGGCUGUGCGGAGCAGUGGGCUGAACACGAAGCAAAGGUAUUUUGA